UCGACAUUUAUGUCAGUUCAGUUGACAUGACAUAAAUCGAUAACCUUAUAGGGAAAUAUUUUUAUGUUGAUAAAUUUGGGAUAAAUUAAUUUAAAAAAAUGUUCAAUCAACCUACGUUAGGUACGUUCGGUGGCACCGCCACUCCAAAUACAGCAAAUCCAAUGAAAGAUUUCGAAGUGGUACAGCCCCCUGAAGACUCUGUUAGCUCUUUGUCGUUUUCUCCGGCAACUUUACCUCAAAAUUUUCUCAUAGCUGGUAGUUGGGAUAACAAUAUCAGAUGUUGGGAAAUCGAACAAAAUGGUACAAGUGUCCCAAAGUCCAUGCAGUCUUGUGGGGGCCCUGUCUUGGAUGUUGCUUGGAGUGAUGAUGGAACUAAAGUAUUCAUGGCUGGAUGUGAUAAACAAGCAAAAAUGUGGGAUCUUGCCAGCAAUCAAGUGGUGCAGGUAGCCGUGCACGACGCACCAAUCAAAACCUGCCACUGGAUUAAAGCUCCCAAUUAUUCCUGCCUCAUGACGGGUUCUUGGGACAAAACGCUCAAGUUCUGGGACACGCGCAGCCCCAAUCCCAUGAUGAGUAUUAAUUUGCCUGAGCGAUGCUAUUGUGCAGAUGUUGACUAUCCGAUGGCCGUGGUAGGUACAGCGGGAAGACAGAUUAUAGUGUAUCAAUUGGAAGGAAAGCCUCAGGAGUACAAGAAACUGGAUAGUCCUCUGAAGUACCAGCACAGAUGUGUAGCGAUUUUCAAGGACAAGAAGAAAUCUCCAACAGGCUAUGCUCUAGGAUCAGUAGAAGGCAGAGUUGCCAUUCAGUAUGUCAACCCAGCCAACCCAAAAGACAACUUCACAUUCAAAUGUCAUCGAUCUAACGGGACUCCCAACGGUUAUCAAGAUAUCUACGCAGUGAACGAUAUUGCAUUCCACCCCGUUCACGGAACACUGGCUACGGUUGGAUCCGAUGGAUCGUUCAGUUUCUGGGACAAAGAUGCGAGGACAAAGUUGAAACCUUCCGAACUGAUGGAGCAACCUAUUACGAGGUGUGCCUUCAACCACAACGGUCAGAUAUUUGCCUAUGCUGUCAGUUAUGACUGGAGUAAGGGGCACGAGUUUUAUAAUACGCAGAAGAAGAAUUACAUUUUCUUGAGGCCUUGUUACGACGAGCUCAAGCCAAGAACUUCUUCGUAAAUAUCACCUUUUAUCAAUUCCAUUACAUGCCUUUUAUUUUGAAAAUAUACAAAAUACAAAGUUAUAAUGUCUUUUCCAUUUUAUAUAUGUCAUGAUUCAUGAAAGAGAAUAUGCAGAAAAUGAACAUUAGAUUUGAAAAAUAUUUCUGAUUGGACUACAAAGUUUUUUAAAAAUAUUGACUUCAGAUAUUUUUAAAUUUCUUUAAUAUUUUUCUAGAAACCUAGGUAUAUUAGUGUAUAUCCUCCACCUAUUAGGUAAUAAAGUCUUUCGAUACGA